AUGGAGAGGCCUGAUGAUGAGGGGUCACCUGGUGGGGUUAUAGAGGUGGAGAGGCCUGAUGAUGAGGAGUCACCAGGUGGGGUUAUAGAGGUGGAGAGGCCUGAUGAUGAGGGGUCACCUGGUGGGGUUAUAGAGAUGGAGAGGCCUGAUGAUGAGGGGUCACCUGGUGGGGUUAUAGAGGUGGAGAGGCCUGAUGAUGAGGAGUCACCUGGUGGGGUUAUAGAGGUGGAGAGGCCUGAUGAUGAGGGGUCACAUGGUGGGGUUAUAGAGGUGGAGAGGCCUGAUGAUGAGGAGUCACCUGAUGGAGUUGUAGAGGUGGAGAGACCUGGUGAUGAGGCGUCACCUGGUGGGGUUAAAGAGGUGGAGAGGCCUGAUGAUGAGGGGUCACCUGGUGGGGUUAUAGAGGUGGAGAGGCCUGAUGAUGAGGAGUCACCUGAUGGAGUUGUAGAGGUGGAGAGACCUGGUGAUGAGGCGUCACCUGGUGGGGUUAUAGAGGUGGAGAGGCCUGAUGAUGAGGAGUCACCUAGUGGGGUUAUAGAAAUGGAGAGGCCUGAUGAUGAGGGGUCACCAGGUGGAGUUAUAGAGGUGGAGAGGCCUGAUGAUGAGGGGUCACCUGGUGGGGUUAUAGAGAUGGAGAGGCCUGAUGAUGAGGAGUCACCUGGUGGGGGUAUAGAGGUGGAGAGGCCUGAUGAGGGGUCACCUGGUGGGGUUAUAGAGAUGGAGAGGCCUGAUGAUGAGGGGUCACCUGGUGGGGUUAUAGAGGUGGAGAGGCCUGAUGAUGAGGGGUCACCAGGUGGGGUUAUAGAGAUGGAGAGGCCUGAUGAUGAGGAGUCACCUGGUGGGGUUAUAGAGGUGGAGAGGCCUGAUGAUGAGGGGUCACCAGGUGGGGUUAUAGAGAUGGAGAGGCCUGAUGAUGAGGAGUCACCUGGUGGGGUUAUAGAGGUGGAGAGGCCUGAUGAUGAGGAGUCACCAGGUGGGGUUAUAGAGGUGGAGAGGCCUGAUGAUGAGGGGUCACCUGGUGGGGUUAUAGAGGUGGAGAGGCCUGAUGAUGAGGAGUCACCUGAUGGAGUUGUAGAGGUGGAGAGACCUGGUGAUGAGGCGUCACCAUGUGGGGUUAUAGAGGUGGAGAGGCCUGAUGAUGAGGAGUCACCAGGUGGGGUUAUAGAGAUGGAGAGGCCUGAUGAUGAGGGGUCACCUGACCUGCUGACUGUUGACUCAGUGGAAGCCACAUCAGCUGCUGUUAGCUGGAACCAGCCACCAGCAUUGGACCAAACCCAACAUCAUUACCAGAUCUCCUACCGCUGUCCAGGGACAAAACCACACAUCACUACCACAUCUUCACACAGCAUCACUCUCUCUGACCUGAAACCUGCCACUCAGUACUCUGUUACUGUCUGCACUGUGCUGGAAAAUGGAAAGCAAAGUCAACUGGUGUCAACAACCCUCAUCACAAGGACAGAACCACACAUCAUUACCACGUCUUCACACAGCAUCACUCUCUCUGACCUGCAAGGUGGUACUCAGUACUCUGUCACUGUCUGCACUGUGCUGGAAAAUGGAAAGCAAAGUCAACUGGUGUCAACAACCCUCACCACAGUACUUCCUGCUCCAGACCAGCUGACUGUUGACUGGGUAACCAUCACAUCAGCUGCUGUUAGCUGGAACCAGCCACCAGGAUUGGACCAAACCCAACAUCAUUACCAGAUCUCCUACCAGUGUCCAGGGACAGAACCACACAUCACUACCACAUCUUCACACAGCAUCACUCUCUCUGACCUGAAACCUGCCACUCAGUACUCUGUUACUGUCUGCACUGUGCUGGAAAAUGGAAAGCAAAGUCAACUGGUGUCAACAACCCUCAUCACAAGGACAGAACCACACAUCAUUACCACGUCUUCACACAGCAUCACUCUCUCUGACCUGCAAGGUGGUACUCAGUACUCUGUCACUGUCUGCACUGUGCUGGAAAAUGGAAAGCAAAGUCAACUGGUGUCAACAACCCUCACCACAGUACUUCCUGCUCCAGACCAGCUGACUGUUGACUGGGUAACCAUCACAUCAGCUGCUGUUAGCUGGAACCAGCCACCAGGAUUGGACCAAACCCAACAUCAUUACCAGAUCUCCUACCAGUGUCCAGGGACAGAACCACACAUCACUACCACAUCUUCACACAGCAUCACUCUCUCUGACCUGCAAUGUGGUACUCAGUACUCUGUCACUGUCUGCACUGUGCUGGAGAAUGGAAAGCAAAGUCAACUGGGGUCAACAACCCUCACCACAGUACUUCCUGCUCCAGACCAGCUGACUGUUGACUCAGUGGACACCACAUCAGCUGCUGUUAGCUGGAGCCAGCCACCAGGAUUGGAACAAACCCAACAUCAUUAUCAGAUCUCCUACCACUGUCCAGGGACAGAACCACACAUCACUACCACGUCUUCACACAGCAUCACUCUCUCUGACCUGCAAUGUGGUACUCAGUACUCUGUCACUGUCUGCAGUGUGCUGGAAAAUGGAAAGCAAAGUAAACUGGUGUCAACAACCCUCACCACAGUACUUCCUGCUCCAGACCAGCUGACUGUUGACUCAGUGGACACCACAUCAGCUGCUGUUAGCUGGAGCCAGCCACCAGGAUUGGACCAAACCCAACAUCAUUACCAGAUCUCCUACCGCUGUCUAGGGACAAAACCACACAUCACUACCACGUCUUCACACAGCAUCACUCUCUCUGACCUGAAACCUGCCACUCAGUACUCUGUUACUGUCUGCACUGUGCUGGAAAAUGGAAAGCAAAGUCAACUGGUGUCAACAACCCUCAUCACAAAACAGCUGACUGUUGACUCAGUGGACACCACAUCAGCUGCUGUUAGCUGGAGCCAGCCGCCAGGAUUGGACCAAACCCAACAUCAUUACCAGAUCUCCUACCACUGUCCAGGGACAGAACCACACAUCACUACCACAUCUUCACACAGCAUCACUCUCUCUGACCUGCAACGUGUCACUCAGUACUCUGUCACUGUCUGCACUGUGCUGGAAAAUGGAAGGCAAAGUCAACUGCUGUUAACAACCUUCACCACAGUACUUCCUGCUCCAGACCAGCUGACUGUUGACUCAGUGGACACCACAUCAGCUGCUGUUAGCUGGAACCAGCCACCAGGAUUGAACCAAACCCAACAUCAUUACCAGAUCUCCUACCACUGUCCAGGGACAGAACCACACAUCACUACCACAUCUUCACACAGCAUCACACUCUCUGACCUGCAAGGUGGUACUCAGUACUCUGUCACUGUCUGCACUGUGCUGGAAAAUGGAAGGCAAAGUCAACUGGUGUCAACAACUUUGACUACAAGAUCCUGUCUCAGGGAGCUGUUGUCAAAGACUGAACUAGAAGAUCAUUAUGAAAACAAGCUGACGUUAAGUACUGUCCUUGAGAUAAAUGCUGAUACUACUUCAGAUGAACCUCUUACCACUAUGCAGUCACUUCCAGGGGCCUUCCUGAAGAAAUUAAUUAUGGCAAAUGUGAAUGCUAGGAGUGUGAAAUGUCUGACCACUGACCAGGAGGUUUCCUAUUGUGGUGUAGACAACCUGACCACUGACCAGGAUGUUUCCUAUUGUGGUGUAGACAACCUGACCACUGACCAGGAGGUUUCCUAUUGUGGUGUAGACAACCUGACCACUGACCAGGAGGUUUCCUAUUGUGGUGUAGACAACCUGACCACUGACCAGGAGGUUUCCUAUUGUGGUGUAGACAACCUGACCACUGACCAGGAGGUUUCCUAUUGUGGUGUAGACAACCUGACCACUGACCAGGAGGUUUCCUAUUAUGGUGUAGACAACCUGACCACUGACCAGGAGGUUUCCUAUUGUGGUGUAGACAACCUGACCACUGACCAGGAGGUUUCCUAUUGUGGUGUAGACAACCUGACCACUGACCAGGAGGUUUCCUAUUAUGGUGUAGACAACCUGACCACUGACCAGGAGGUUUCCUAUUGUGGUGUAGACAACCUGACCACUGACCAGGAGGUUUCCUAUUAUGGUGUAGACAACCUGACCACUGACCAGGAGGUUUCCUAUUAUGGUGUAGACAACCUGACCACUGACCAGGAGGUUUCCUAUUGUGGUGUAGACAACCUGACCACUGACCAGGAGGUUUCCUAUUGUGGUGUAGACAACCUGACCACAGACACUGAUAACAGCAAUGUAAUUAAUCCACUGGACCUGGUAACUGCCCUGUUUCUGUGUUCAGAUGGUUUCCUGCAGCAGGAGAUGGUCCAGAAAAUGUCCAUGUGCCAGUUUGCUGUUCCUCUGCUGCUGCCCAACUGUGACACAAAACAAAUCACUUUGAUGCUCUGGGCCUUGAGGGACAUAGUGAGGAAGUUUAGACCCUCUUCCCAAAUGGCCACAAAUUAUUUUGUGGAGGAGAGAAUUGUUGUCUCUGAUAUUCCUAUGGUGUCCUUUGUUAGGUUAGGAAAGAGUAGCUUGUCCAAGUCUCAGAUUUUGAACAAGUUGCUUAGUAACCCUCAGCAGUACCAUGACACUUUUGUUCAUCAUGAUAUGGAAUGUGGCGACAUCACUCAUAGAAUCUCAGAUGGUCUGGUUGAAAUCAGCUGGUACUUCCCAUCUGGGAACAGAAACAUAGACAUGUUCACUAAGCCUGUGGCUGUUGUCAAUCUCAGAGGAGACAUCAGGUCCUUUGAAACACAGUUCUCCUUUCUGUGUCAAACAUCAGCUGCAGUUUACAUUUUCACUGAUGAUUUUGAGGCAGAUUUCAAGGUUUUGGAAGGCGAAAUCACAAAAGCAGCGUUAUUUCUGGUUGUCAACUCUCAGAAUAAAACAUUCAGGGUGGACACAUUGAAGAAAAUGAUCACAAACUACAGUAUCAACCCAACAAAUGUGAUUGUGAAGAAGAAGCAGAAUGAUGCAGAAUUUGUCAAAAUCCUGCAGUCAUCUGUGGGUGACAUCAUCGAACAAAGUAAAAACAGAUUGACAAUUGAAAACAUGGCUACCGUGGCUCGUCAGAUGGAGAUUCUGGUUGAUGAAGACAGUGAUGAGUGUCAGAGUACCAGGAAGAUGGCAGAUGAAAUCACCAGGAACAUCAAAGACACAAUGAAAUUCAAAGACCAACAGCUACCCUUACAAGGAACAAUCUGGAAAGAGCUUUCCCAGUUGGAGAAAGAGAGAUGUAGACUGAGAAAAGCAGGGGAUCAAGACAUUGAACACUACAAGAGCUCUCUGAAGAGAAAGGAGGAAGAGCUGAGAAAGAAACAAUAUACAUUUGACAUGUCAGAUGCAAUGACAAGCUUCAUUUUAGGAUUGUCUAGUUCAGGACCUGAGCGUUCCUAUUUCCUCAAAUGGAUGCGGAUAAAUCUGGACAAUCUGUCACGGCAGAACCUGUCUGCUUUGCGGGACCAGUACAAAGAUCUUUGCCAAAAUUCUCCUGAGAAAAAAGACAACAUUAAAGAUUUGGAUAAGCAAUUAUCUGACUGUUCCUUGGGUCUUGAACACUUCCUGCGUGAGUUGGGCCAGUUAUAUGAAGCUUCCUGCUCCCUCCCUGAAAGUAGCCCUCAAAGGAAACAGAUGGAGCAUCUCCCUGGAUUGUGUGCUAAGAUGCUGUUGGAUGGUUUCCCCAUUGAACUUGUGGAUGGAGAUGCAUCAAAUAUCCCUCUGAAGUGGAUAUCAGCUGUUCUGACUCAGCUUCAUACGCUUGUGGACUCUAACAGCAAGAUCCGGGUUGUGACAGUUUUAGGGGUCCAAAGCACUGGGAAGUCCACUCUCCUCAACACCAUGUUUGGAGUCCAGUUUGCUGUCAGCAGUGGAAGAUGCACCAGAGGGGCCUUCAUGCUACUGAUUAAAGUCAACAAAGACCUCAAGGAGGAGAUGAAAUGUGACUUCAUCAUGGUCAUUGACACAGAGGGGUUGAAAUCACCAGAGUUGGCUCAACUAGAUGACAGCCAUGAACAUGACAAUGAACUGGCCACACUGGUGAUUGGACUCAGUGAUGUCACUAUCAUCAACAUCUCCAUGGAGAACUCCACAGAGAUGAAAGACAUUCUGCAGAUUGUUGUUCAUGCUUUUAUCAGGAUGAAGGAAGUGGGGAAGAAGCCGAUAUGUCAUUUUGUGCACCAGAAUGUGUCAGACAUGUCUGCUCAUGACAACAACAUGAGGGACAGAAAGAAGUUGUUGGAACAGUUGAAUGAAAUGACCCAGGCAGCAGCCAGAAUAGAGAAGAAGGAGAAUAUCACCAAGUUCACUGAUGUGAUGGAGUAUGAUCCAGACACAAGCAGCUGCUACAUCCCAGGACUCUGGCAUGGGACUCCCCCUAUGGCUCCAGUCAAUGCUGGCUACAGUGAGGCUGUGUACAACUUCAAGAAGACGUUGAUGAAUGAUUUCAGAAAAUGCCAGAGAAAUGAUGACUUGACACAUUUCUUGAAGUGGACACAAACCUUGUGGGAGGCAGUGAAAUUUGAGAAAUUCAUCUUCAGUUUCAGAAACAGUUUGGUUGCAGAUGCGUACUCCAGAUUAUGCUCUGAAUACAAUGGUUGGGAAUGGGCCUUCCAGAAAGAGAUGUAUAAAUGGAUGGUGAGUGCUGAAACUAAAAUGUCCUACAUUGUCAUGACAGAUCAACAUCCCCAGAGGUCCAUAAGAGAUGUGCUACAAGACUUGAUGAUAGAAGCAUCUGGGAAACUGUCAUUGGGAGAAAUGGAAAUCCAAUACAAUCUAGUAAAAUACUUUGAAAAGGAAGAUGGCCAUGUCAAUCUGGUGGAAAAAUACAAGGAGGACUUUGUGUCCAGUGCCAAAACACUGAGACGAGAGGCAGAAAACACAGUGAGGUACAAACUUCAACAAGCUGUUGAAAUCAAGGAAGGAAUGACAGAACUGAACAACAUCAAGAGUUCUCAGACAAGUACAAUGGAGAGAAAGGUAGUAGAUCUGCUUCAGAAAUGUAGACAGAAUAAAUCUGUUCUAUCAGAUGAGGCCCUCAGUAAAGAGUUUGAAAACAUGUGGAGGAAAACUCUAUCUGAGAUGCACUUCAGAGGACUCUCAAGAAGAGAUGUGGCUCAGGAUGCCUUCCUCAUGUUAAGUGGAAAUCUAUCAACAAGGGGGAGUCAUGUCAAUAGUAUGAUGGUUGGAAACAAUCUGGUGGAUUGUGGUAAAGAAUUUGUUGUGAAAACUGGGGGUUUAGGGAAGAGACUUGAGGGCUUUGUUAUGCCCUGGGACACCAACCAUUACAGGAAGAAACUACAAGAGUUGUGUGAUGACAUCAUAACACAGUGUCAGUUGUUUAUAACACAGAAGGUGGAAAGCAAAACAGAUUACCAUGAUACUUACAUCAAAGAGCUGCUGAACAAGAUUGAUGAAACAUUGCAACAACACAAGAAUGUAAAAAUCAGUGAGGAGUGUGAGGUUUCUCUGAAGCUACACAUCUGUGGCAGAGCAGCCAGAGAGUUCCAGAAGAUGCAUGAUGAUUUUAUUGAAGUUAAUGACCCACGGAGGUGUCUGGAACUGUCUAAGAACAAGUACUUUACUGAGUUCAGAGACUUAUUUCAUAAACGAGAUCAGUGCCUUAAGAAUGCUGAGGGGUUCACAAAGCUCUUACAGCCAGCUGUACAGGACUAUGUGACCAAAAUGAUUGGUCCUGAUGUGGUUGAUGAAGUGAAGACAGGUAAAGGGUCACAGGAGUACAGCACCCGAGGGGCUUUCCUGUUCUCCAUUUUAAAACAACUCCUGACAGAUGGAGAAUAUGAGAAAUGUAAAGGGUACAUGAUCUCCCAGAAGACUGGAAGGCAUUAACAACUCAUAAUGCAAUGAAGAGCUUGAAAGAGGCUUUCAACAUGAAAUAAAGUGGAGUUCUACUGUAUAUAAUGACUGUUGUUCACCAACAUGUUAACAUAUCAUUUAACAUUCAAAUACUUGACAACCAGAAACAAUUCUGGUUUCAUCACAGAAUUAAAUUGUAAGGAGCCAGUCGACCAGAGUUGUUGAAAUAAUGUGCAGAUCUGGAAAUACACAACUGGAUCACAGAAAGUCAUAUUUACAAAUAC